CGGCAACGGCGGCGGAGGCGGCGGCGGCGGCGGCGGCGGCGGCGGCGCGCGGCGGGGCCUGGCCGGGCGGAAGAAGUCGAGCCCGAGACAUUUCCGCUUCCUGUGUCAGUUCGAGGCGCCGCCGCCGCAGCCGCCGGAGCCGCGAUGCCUAAAGGAGGGAGAAAGGGAGGCCACAAGGGCCGGGCACGGCAGUACACGAGCCCUGAGGAGAUCGACGCCCAGCUCCAGGCUGAAAAGCAGAAGGCCAGGGAAGAAGAGGAACAAGAAGAAGGUGGAGAAGGGGCUGCAGGGGACCCCAAAAAGGAGAAAAAAUCCCUAGACUCAGACGAGAGCGAGGAUGAAGAUGAUGACUACCAGCAAAAGCGCAAAGGCGUGGAGGGACUCAUCGACAUUGAGAACCCCAACCGGGUGGCACAGACAACCAAAAAAGUCACACAGCUGGACCUGGACGGGCCCAAGGAGCUGUCCAGGAGAGAACGAGAAGAAAUCGAGAAGCAGAAAGCAAAAGAGCGUUACAUGAAGAUGCAUCUAGCGGGGAAAACGGAGCAAGCCAAGGCUGACUUGGCCCGCCUGGCGAUCAUCCGGAAGCAGCGGGAAGAGGCGGCCCGGAAGAAGGAGGAGGAAAGGAAAGCAAAAGAUGACGCGACUUUGUCCGGAAAGCGGAUGCAGUCUCUGUCCCUGAGCAAGUAGCCUGGCCCGGAGGAGAUGGAGCCGCCGCCCUGUGCCCAGCGCCCCGCAACAGCCCCUCUCGGCCAGGAGCCCCCCUCAGCCUGGGGUCUCCUCUCCAUCUUUGGCACAGAAAUCAUUGGGGGCUGGAUGGGGGUUGGGGAGGGUGGCUGCGAUGUCCGGGACAGACAUAGAGGACAGCAUUUCCAGAGUGACGCGCAGUUGUUCUCGCUGUUCUUGGAAUUGGCCCUGGGAGCAGGCAGGGCUCCCGUGCAUGGGCUGCGGCGAAGGGCCUGGGCGUGCCCUUGGGGGCUGGCGCCCGGGAGCCCGAGCCCUGACCGCGGCCAGCGCCCACUUCAGAAGCCCCCUGCCCA